GUCAAGAAGAAGUAAAGAAGCGUAAACAAACUCUAAAGUUGACAAUUUUCCACCGUUCGAAAGAUAAGUGCGAAAAUGUAAUUUCAGAAUAGAAAAUCUAUAACGCGCAGGAAAUAUCCGUAGACAUCGGGGCGACUUUAUGUGGAGGGAGCUAGCCGCAAGUUGUUCCAUGGUGACCUGCGGGCCGAACCUGACCAUAUAUAGGCCGGAGACAUGUGAACGCGUUCCGGAGGCUUGGAGCAGAAAGCCAGCAUGUCGUCCGAGCAGGUUAUUGCGAUCGUCGUGGAUGACAAAACCUACGAGGUGAGCAAGAAGAAGCUGAUCGAGGAGAGCGACUACUUCCGAGCCCUGUACCGAUCCGGGAUGAGGGAGUCCACGGAGGACUCGGUCCAGCUGCAGGGGCUCAGCGUGCCCGGUCUGGAGCUGGUCCUCGAGUUCAUCAACACGUCCAAGGUGCAGGUUAUCAAAGAGACUCUAAAGGACCUGAUCGAGACCGCGUCCUUCCUGCAGGUCACGUCCAUCCUGAAGCUGCUGUCGGCGGAGAUCCGCCUGGAGAACUGCGUGGAACUCUGCAGCCUGUCUGAGGUCUACGGGGCCCACGAACUCCGUGGGGCCUGUCUCCAGUUCAUGAGCUGCCACUACCACCCCAUGCUGAGGAGUCCCGAGUUCAGCAACCUGUCCACGUCUGUCAGGGACCAGGUCCGGGAGAUGAGGAUGAGGGGCACUGCCUCCUUGGUGGUCAUCGGAGGCUUCAGCUGUCUGUCCAAGGACGUGGUCGGUCAGGACGAGUCCUGGUCCAUGCUAAUAUUCGGGGAGUUGGAGCGACGCUGGAAGCCGCUGGCAAACAACAUGCCUCCUGAUAUGAUCAACGUCCGCGGAUCCGGAUCAGCUAUCCUGGAUAACUACCUGUUCAUCGCCGGGGGCUACAGGAUGACGAACCAGGAGAUUUCAGCGGUGCACUGCUACAACCCCUGCAUGAACAACUGGAGCCAGGUGGCCUCCCUCAACCAGAAGAGGUCCAACUUCAAGCUAUUGGCUGUUGAGGGGAAGCUGUACGCUGUGGGAGGUCAGUGUCUGGGCACGGUGGAGUGUUACAGUCCAGAACAGGACUGGUGGACCUGUGUGUCCUCGCUGCCUGACCCACUGGCUGAGUUCUCGGCCUGUGAAUGCCGGGGAAUGAUCUACGUGAUGGGCGGAUACACAGCAAGAGACAGAAACAUGAACAUCCUCCGGUAUUGCCCCACGUCUGACACCUGGACAGUGUUUCACUCCUCCUCCACACACGUCCGUAAACAGCAGAUGCUCUCGGUGGAGGACACCAUUUACCUGGUUGGAGGUUAUACCCAGGAGCUGGUGCCUUGGCGGCAGUGGCGAGCCAGCCCAACAGAGGACAUGCUGACGGUGCAGUCCUACAACAUCACCACUGGGGACUGGGUCCUGCUGAAGGAGAACAUGACCAGGUCGGGCCUGAACCUGACCUGCACGCUGCACAAUGACGGCAUUUACAUCAUAAGCCGGGACAGCACAUCUUCCAGGCUGGGGAACCGCGUUUUCCUCAAGUACAACAUCUUCUCAGAUGCGUGGGAGCCCUUCAGAUUCUUCCCGGGUCAGGGUCAGAACUUACUGCUGUGUUCACUGUACCUACCCAACACGUUGUGAUGGUCAGGACUGGUGGGGUGGGUACCCAGUGUCUGGUGGUGGGUUGAGGGUUUGUGCCUCAGUGACACCUGCAACAGCAGCCUCUUUGAUGAUUCAUCAUUCAUAGUUAGGAAAUGGUAAAAAAUAAAAAAGUGAUCAUCACAUUUUCUUACAACCAGAGGGGGCAGCAAAACACACUUAAAGACAUUCACAGAGUUUAACAAAAAUAAAAAAAAUCAAAUGUAACCAGUUUAAAAACUGUUCAGCAUUUUGUUCAAAGCUCCUUAAACCAGUCUACUACCAUUGAUGUAGAACUGUUUAAACCAGAUUUUGUAUCAUCAGAUUAAAGUAUUUUAAGAUGCUUAAAGGUGAAAACUGAUUUAAAAUAAUUUAAACCAAAUUCAAAUGUCUGACUUAGAACAGUUUAAUUCACUAAUUUGAUCAAUUAUUUCAAUUUGUGUGUGGAGAGACAUUUUUAAGAAAGCUGAAAUAAGAACACAGAUGAGAUUCUGAUUUUUCCACAGCACCACAAACACUGGCUGACUGUUGUCCUAAACUACUGCUUACUGGUUACCAAAUAUUAAGUGCCACAGCACCCUUUGGAUGCCAAAAAUUAAACUGUUAUUUUAGCAUUUCUUUCCAAUAUCAAGAAAUGUCUUUUAAAAAAUGAGCAGCGUAAAGUUUUCUGCCCUCACAAAGAACUUGAACAUAAGACUGAGAUGUCUGUUAGCUUUUUUUGUGUGUGUGUGUUAAAGUUUAUUUUAUGAAAUCCAUUUCAUUCUACUGUGUGGCUGGUUGGGGGGAAGUAAUUCUCACCACUGACCAGGAGGAGCACUGCUGCUUCAGCAUUAACAGUUCAUUCAUACAGGGUCAAGGGUCAUAGCCUUGGCCACAGAAAAGUGUUGUGCUCACAUAGUGAAGUAUAGCGGAGACGUUUGGUCUUUUUGAUCUGCGGCAUCAUAAAAACACACUUCGUCUGUGGGCUGAGACAUUCCUGAUGUUUACACUGCAGUGCUGCUUGUUCACCAAGACCAAAAAAA